AUGGCCUCACCAAACCAGAUAUCCAAUGUUUCACAAUCCGGAAUCACGACUGACGCAGUCACCGGCGAACGCUACAUACCCUCUUCAGUCCGAGCAGACGGCUCGAAGCGUAAGGAGAUCAAGGUCCGACCCGGAUACCGCCCACCUGAGGAUGUGGAAUUGUACAGAAACCGCGCUGCAGCUGCUUGGAAGAACCGCGGGAAAGCUGGUGUUCCUGGAGCAGAGGGCUUGACGCAGACGGGGAGCGACCCGUCAAAAUCAGUUUCGGGUAGCGGCACCGCGGCCAGCAACAAGAACGCGAAAAGGCGGGAGGCGAAGAAAAAAGCAAAGGCUGGAGCUACCCUGGACGGCACCGGAUCCACCACAAAUGGGAAAGAUAUUUCUCAGAUUGAUAAUUGGCGUGCCGGUUCGGCAAAACAGCAGCAACAGGAUGCGCCUGCGGAUCCUGUCAAUCCGGAGGUAGAGCGGGAGAAGAAGGCUCGGAACCUAAGGAAGAAGCUUAAGCAAGCGCGGGAGUUAAGCGACAAGAAGAACAAGGGAGAGGUUUUACUGCCGGAGCAGCUGGAGAAGGUGAUCAAAAUUCAGGAGCUGAUCCGCCAGCUCGAUGCGCUUGGUUUUGAUGCCGCCGGGGAAGACAAGGAAAGCGAAUUCCAGAAGGAGAAGCAAGAGAAGUAG